AUGGCAAAAUUUAUACGAAAAAUUGGUUCACGUAAAAACGGACGUAUUGGUUCGCGCAAGCAUCCUCGUAAAAUACAUAGGGGGGUUAUUUAUGUUCAAGCUAGUUUCAACAAUACCAUUGUGACUGUUACAGAUCUACGAGGUCGGGCGAUUUCUUGGUCCUCUGCCGGUUCAUGUGGAUUCAAAGGUUCACGAAGGAGUACACCGUUUGCCGCUCAAACCGUAGCAGGAAAUGCUAUUCGACCAGUAGUCGCUCAAGGCAUGAAACGAGCAGAAGUCAUGAUAAAAGGUCCCGGUCCAGGAAGAGAUGCGGCAUUAAGAGCUAUUUUAAGAAGUGGUAUACGAUUAAAGUUUCUACGGGAUGUAACACCUCUGCCACAUAAUGGAUGUAGGGCUCCUAAAAAAAGACGUAUAUAA